UUUACUUUGGUUUAUAAUCCAUUUUAUCUUGUCAUAUAUAGGUAUCACCAGAAUCCAGCUGCAGCAGAUGUCAAUAAUAACUACACAAACGACGAGUUUGAUCCUCGUGCUGUUGUUGAGGAAAUGAAUGAUGAAAAACUGGAUUCUUUUUAUGCAUCUUUACAAAAGAUUGACCCAAAUACACAGGCUUUGGAUUUGCUGGAAAGUAAAUUUGAUGAGUCGGAUGUACGAAAAACAAAUGAUGAUCAGUGUGCCAUGUGGUCCAUUUGUGAGAAAUCAGUGAAUUUUCUUGAUGAAAAAAAGCUAAACUAUCAGUCUGUUGAUGAAGUACCAGAUUCUUUAUGUGAUACCUUUCUAGAAAAUAUCCAUGCCAGUGAAGAAGACAUCCAGUAUGUUGAGUCGCACACAUAUGGACAAUCUGAUAAUUCCAACUGGCAUGUAGCACGUAAAGGAAUGAUUACUGCAUCAAAUUUUAAAAAGGUGUGUGAUUGUGUGGCUCAUAAAAGAAAUCCCAAUUACUUGAAGAAACUGUUAUUGGGUGCAUAUAGUGAUGCAAAAUCAGCUUCCCUUGCAUGGGGUGUAAAGAAAGAAAGAUGUGCAAUGAACUUGUAUAAGAGAGUGGCAGGAAAGAAGCAUAUUGGCAUGGAUAUUAAAUUUCCUGGAUUGCGCAUAUUCAAAGAUAAACCUUACCUAGGUUGCAGUGUUGAUGGACUGUUAACAUGCAAAUGCAAACAUCACGGUGAGACAAAAAUUAUUGAAAUAAAAUGUCCAUAUAGUGACAGGGAAAAGCUACCGAAGGAAGUGACUCUUCUAAAAGGAUGCGUUAUGAAUUCUAAUGGAAAUUUACAAUUAACUCAGAGUUCAGACUACUAUCCCCAAAUACAGGGUCAAAUGGGUAUCUAUAACUGUCAAUUUGCUGACUUGGUCAUAUAUACCAAACAGGGAAUCCAUGUUGUUGAAGAUAUUGUGUAUGACGAAAAAUAUUUCAGUGAUAUGAUUGAAAAAUUAGAAAUGUACUUGAAGAAUAUUUUGCUUAAAACUAUGUUUGUCAAUUGCAACAAAACUACAUUUGUAGAAUAGUAAAAUUGUAUACUAUCUGGAUUUAUCUGUUUGUAUUACAAAAUAUUGUCAACCACAGUAAAACAUGGUAUAUAGCGAACCUCAAGGGUCAAUGAAAAACAGUUUCUUAUAACCAAACUUUGUUUUAUCCAAUACAAUUUUCAUUUUUUCCUCUCUCAGAGGAGAAUAAAUAUCACUUCACAAUAAGAAUGAAUUUGUUGUAUGCUUGUUUGUUAUAAGCAUGUUUUACCGAAUAUUGAAUUUUUUUUAGAAGCCUGUAAAAAUUGUUUUAAAGUGCUGUUUAAUCCAGAAUGGGGUCUAAUUCAAUAUUUUGAUUGGAAUGGAGUCAGUGGUAUCUGUACGAGAGUAUUCAGAUAUCCUGAGUGAAAAAAUUAAGCAAGACUGGUUAUGACAUUUCACAUUUAUUGUAAUUUUAGUUGUAUGUACAAAUUUGAUUUAUUUCAUCCGAAAUAGAUUGGAUUGUCAAUAAAUCUCUAGAAAUUGUAAUAUCUUAUGUA